UCGCGUUUUUCUUUCUCUCUCUCUCUCCCUCUCUAUCUCUCUCUACCGCCCGCAUUGUCUCUCUCUCUCCUCACUCGCACCGUCUUUGGCUCUGGAAUAAGGUUGGCGAAAAGAUUCACGUCGCGAUGCGGAAGAGGUAGACGCCGAGGAUUUUGAUUCGGGUCGGAAGGGCCGGGGGUGGUUGGUUUCCCGAAAAACACAAUUCCCCAGACAUGAUUCUACUUCUUCGUUGCGGAUUCUGAUACGUACAUACAGACCCUCUUUUUUUUGGCGAAAAAGAUUGGUGCUUUUUUUUUCUUUUUUUUGCUUGCUUAACAGAAAGCAUGUCUGAAUUGGUGGCUCGGACCGGUCGGCAUCAGCAGCGCUAUGAAAAAGGUUUUCGUCUCAUCGCUGGGUGUAUCCCUUUUAGGCUUAGAAAUACAGAGGAAAAUGGUGGUGGCGUGUCUGAGGAAAUCAUUGAAGUGCUUAUGAUAAACUCAACUAGUGGGCCUGGUCUUCUUUUUCCUAAAGGUGGGUGGGAAAAUGAUGAAACAGUUGAGGAGGCAGCUAUGCGUGAAGCCAUUGAGGAGGCUGGAGUUCGUGGGGAUCUAUUGCAUUUCUUGGGAUUCUACCUAUUUAAAAGCAAAACGCUCCAGGAUGAUUUUAGUCCAGAAGGCUUGUGUAAAGCUUCCAUGUUUGCGUUGCUUGUAAAGGAAGAGCUGGAGUCUUGGCCAGAACAGAGCCUUCGGCAAAGAAGUUGGCUGACAAUUCCCCAAGCAAUUGAAUGUUGCCGGCAUCCAUGGAUGCGCGAAGCCAUUGAAGAAGGCUUUUUGAAGUGGCAUGGAAGUGGUAUGAUAAGAACAAUGAACACAAACGAUGAAGACUAGUUUUUCUCUUUGAUUAUUCCUCCCUGACCGAUUGAUCUGAGAAAAUUUUAGAUGUUUACUGGAAGGCACAAUUCUGAAGCUGUGAUACUGGGCGCUGUUCGUCUCGCCAUUUCUUUUAGAGGACUAGGGUGUGGAGAGAUAUGCUGCAAAUAGUUUCUGUUUCUUUUAGUUUGUGUUCAACCAGUUCUGAUUAUACUCAUUGAAUUGGUUACUUGCUUUGCUCAAAGGUAUAGCAAUGAAGAACUGGAAAUUGGAAAACACAAGAAAGUGAAGAAACAA